AUGACAUCUGCCGGGUAUGGAGACGUUAUCCCAGAUAGCGCUCUCACAAUCCUACUCGCGUGUCUGUUUGUGGUCUUAGGCAUGUUAAUUGUCGGGUUGGUUUUAGGUCUGUUACUUGAAGUUAAGGAUUUGGACUUUGUUCACGCGUUUUAUUAUGUUGUUGCAACGCUUACAGGCCUCGACUACAUACAUACAUGUUUUUCAAUAACUGGCAGCGCAAUUGCUGUUCACUUUCGCUUUGCUGUAACCGAACGAAAGCAAAGAUCGUUGGUUAAAUGGGUUCUUAAAAGAAAUACGACUUCUGACCUUGAGGCAGCUGAUUUUGAUGGCGAUGGAGUCGUCGCGGCUGCAGAGUUUGUUCUGUACAAGUUAAAAGUGAUGGGAAAGAUCAGCCAAGACGACAUCACAUGA